GCUGGGCCGGGGAGGCCCCCGCGCGGGGCAUGCUGGGUCGGCUGGGCCCGGCCGCGGUGCACUGUGGGUCCGCUCGGCUCCCGCAGGAGGCGGUGGCGGAGCCUGGAUCGGGCCGGAGCCCGGGGGGGUCUGAGGCCCGGAUCCCCCCGGCACGGAGCGGGGACCCCCGGGAUGGGAGACCGCGGCCGCGACUGCAGGAGCCCCGACAGUUCGUCUCUGAGCUCAUCACCCCCACCGGAGCUCUCGGCCCCACUUCACCCCUCCAUGAUCAGCUCGGCCAUGACCUCCUCCAUCAACUCGCCCGUCAGCAGUUUGGGCUCCCCCUUCCCUGUCAUCAGCUCGUCCCUGGGCUCCCCUGGGCUCCCAGCCACGCCCUCCAGCGGCUAUGGCCCCGUAAGCAGCCCCCAGAUUAACUCCACUGUGAACCUGUCGGGCAUGCACUCCGUCAGCAGCUCGGAAGACGUCAAGCCCCCCCUGGGCGUGCGGGGUCUCCCGUGCCACCCCCACGGUGGCAUGAUGCCGGGGAAGCGCCUCUGUGCCAUCUGUGGGGACAGAUCAUCAGGGAAGCACUAUGGGGUGUACAGCUGCGAGGGCUGCAAGGGUUUCUUCAAGCGCACGAUCCGCAAGGACCUGACCUACACGUGCCGGGAUAACAAGGACUGCAUUGUGGACAAGCGCCAGCGUAACCGCUGCCAGUACUGCCGCUACCAGAAAUGCCUGGCCACCGGCAUGAAGAGGGAAGCGGUGCAGGAGGAGCGGCAGCGGGGGAAGGAGAAGGACGGCGACGGGGAUUUUGUAGGCGGCGCGAAUGAGGAGAUGCCGGUGGAGAAGAUCCUGGAGGCAGAGCUGGCCGUAGAGCAGAAAUCGGACCAAAGCGUCGACGGCUCUGGCACCGGGGGCAGCUCGGUGAGCAGGGGGGGGCGGGCAGGGCUGGGAGGUGUAUGGCAGAGCCAGGCCCUGGCAAGGGGCAUGUCCAGGGAGGGCAGGGGGCUCCAGAGGGAUGGGGUUUCAGGUCUGGGGGGGGGCUGGAACGAGCUGCUCAUCGCGUCCUUCUCGCACCGCUCCAUCUCGGUGAAGGACGGGAUCCUGCUGGCCACGGGGCUGCACGUGCAUCGCAACAGCGCCCACAGCGCCGGCGUGGGGGCCAUCUUCGACAGGGUGCUGACUGAGCUGGUGUCCAAGAUGCGGGACAUGCGGAUGGACAAGACGGAGCUCGGCUGCCUCCGGGCCAUUAUCCUCUUCAACCCGGAUGCCAAGGGCCUGUCGAACCCUGGGGAGGUGGAGCUGCUGCGGGAGAAGGUCUAUGCGUCUCUGGAGUCCUACUGCAAGCAGAAGUACCCCGAGCAGCAGGGCAGGUUCGCCAAGUUGCUGCUGCGCCUGCCGGCCCUGCGCUCCAUCGGUCUGAAGUGCUUGGAGCAUCUCUUCUUCUUCAAGCUCAUCGGGGACACCCCCAUCGACACCUUCCUCAUGGAGAUGCUGGAGGCCCCCCACCAGCUGUCCUGAGCCCCCAGCAGGCCACACGAGAGCGGCGCAAUCUGCGGCGGCUCCCCGGCACCCACCGCUGGACUGGGGGGCUGUGGACUCUUUUUGGGGGGCUGCCAGGAGAAGGCCCUGGGGGUAGUGUUGUCAGUUGUCGUGUUGGGGGGCCCCCUGGGUGUUCCCCCUUUCCCCAUCCCGGGUUUGGGAGCCCCCUAGGGUGUACUCUGUGUGCCUGCCUAGAGCUGGGGUGGCCCCAGACCGCUCCCUGGGGUGGGCCAUGGGGUGUACCUCGUUCCCCCAGUUGCUGGCACCCCCUGGAGGUACCCCGGGCUGACCUCCGAGGCUCCCUCAGUGCUGUGGCACCCCAGUAUUGGUGUACCGGGGGGAGCAAAGCUAGAGAUUUCAGGUAGGGGGGUGAGAGGAGCCCCCCCAAACUCCCCACUGUAAAAUAAUCCCCCAUCUACCCCUUCUCUCUGCAGGGCAGUGGGACCCCCCAUGGCGUGGGAAGCCUGGCCCAGCCCCUCACCUUGUGGGGGGACCUUCUGGCCUCACCCCCUUCAAGGGUUCCUGGCAUGGUCCCCUUCCCCUGUCUGGCGGGGGGGGGGGGUGUCGUUCUGGCGAAAUCCCCCUUGAGUGCUUCUGUGAGGAAUGGGUGUGCGUGGAGUGACUCCUGUGCUGUUGGGGGGGGGAUUGGAGU